UCCCGCGGAAGCGAUUGGCUGGCGCGGAGCGAAAGAGGCGGGACGAAUUGCCGCGGGUUCAGUGCCGCCACUGGAACCGGGAGAUGCGGCGCAGCGGCGGUCGCUGUGUUGGCUUUUCCCCGAGCCUUGUGUCUUACUGCGGUUCUCUCUGCGCCUUCGAUUAUGUUGUUACCUUCGGACGUAGCCCGGCUGGUAUUGGGUUAUUUACAACAGGAAAACCUCACUUCUACCUGCCAGACUUUUAUUUUGGAAAGUUCACAUUUAAAAGAAUAUGCAGAACACUGUACAGAUGAAGGUUUUAUCCCAGCCUGCUUACUGUCCUUAUUUGGAAAAAACUUGACAACCAUUUUGAAUGAAUAUGUAGCUAUGAAAACAAAAGAAACAUCAAAUCACGUCCCAGCAAUUAUGUCAUCUCUGUGGAAAAAGUUAGACCACACACUUUCUCAGAUCAGGAGCAUGCAAGGUUCCCCAGGGUUUGCUGCCAAUCAGAGAGCCCGAACAAGAAGUGGAAUUGCAGAAAUCAAACGGCAGAGAAGGCUUGCAUCUCAAGUAGCUCCCGCCACUUCAGAGUUACUGACUUUACCGUAUCUCUCAGGACAGUUUACUACUGCUCCAAUGACAGCUACACAAGUUAUUCGACCAACUAGCCAAACUUCAGUUCCUUUGAGGUCAAAUUUUGUAGUGGUUAACCAUUCACAAUCUCAAGACAUGGUGACCACUGGAGAGACUUUAAAUAUCAUUCCUGGUUCUCAGGAGAAGAAAACUCAUGCCAGUUUAAUGUCUCCUGGUAGACGAAAAAGUGAAUCUCAAAGGAAAAAUACCACUUUGUCUGGGCCUCAAUCAACAAUACGGAAUUUGCAGGAUCCAAAUGCAUUUGCAGUAGAAAAACAAAUGGUUAUCGAAAAUGCACGAGAAAAAAUAUUAAGCAACAAGUCUCUUCAAGAAAAGCUUGCAGAGAACAUUAAUAAAUUUCUGACUAGUGACAACAAUAUUGCUCAAGCACCUAAGCAAACAGAUAGCAACCCUACUGAACCAGAAACUUCAAUUGAUGAACUCCUGGGGCUUCAGAGUGAAAUCCAUAUGUCUGAAGAAGCUAUACAAGAUAUACUGGAACAGACAGAAUCAGAUCCAGCAUUUCAAGCACUCUUUGACCUCUUUGACUAUGGUAAAACAAAGAAUAAUAAAAAUUUAUCACAAGGCAUUUCCAGUCAGCAUAUGGAAACCAAUCCCAAUGUAGUCUUAGCAGAUGAAACUAAUCUAACAGUUAAAGGUUCUUUUAAAACAGAAGAAUCUGAUGAUCAGUCUGGUCAACCCCCACUUUGUACAUCUUAUCAAAAUGAAGACACAUCAAAUGCUCUGAAGAAUGGCAACAACCAUGAUGAGCUUAGACAGGAAGCCCAGGAACAUUUUUCCCAGAUAGGCUCUGGCAUCCAGAAAAAGACUUUCAAAACAAUUGUACCUACUGAACAGAAGUGUAACCUUGAUAUUACCUUUGAGUCUGUGCCUAAUUUGAAUGACUUUAACCAAAGAGUAAAUUCUGAUGCCAAAUGUAAUCAGCAUUGUGCUGAAUUAUACACCAAUCAGAUGUCCACUGAAACUGAAAUGGCUAUGGAAGUUGAAAAGAACUCUUUGUCUCCAAAUGUGCCGAAUGAGUCUCAAUUACAGCCAGAUCAGUCUGAUACACCAAUAACUUCAUUUGUUUCCCUUGGUGGUGAAACUAAAAAUGAAAACUUAAAUCUCUCUGGGAAAAGUUCUCAACUUUUAUCCCAGAAUAUACCAUUAACUGGAAAGCCAUCUAAAAAAAGUCAAUUUUGUGAAAGUUCUGACGAUACAGAAAGACUGAAAACUAAUUUCCAUGGUUCCAAGUCACCAGAUUCUAGAGAAAUACAACAAAGUAAAAUUGAAAUUAAUGAUAUAUUACCAGUUACAGCACAACAACUUUCAGAUUGCCAAGAUAAUUCUUCACUUCAAAGUAAAAUACCUGUGUCUGAAAGUUCAGGUUUAGAUGUAUCUGAGCAAGGAGAAGUUCAUCUUGGAGAUUCAAUGUCUUCAGGUAAACAACCAUGUAAUGAUUCAUCGUGUGUUGAGUUAAAUUGUACGGAACAUGAAAUUGAGCCCUCCAAGCCUGAGAAAGUUGCUUUGGAUUCACAAGAUCCUUCAUCUUCUGUAAAAGAAGGUGGAAAUAGUAUUUUUCUCUCUUUAGGUGAAAAUAACUGUGGGGAAGCUGCAUUAAUGCCUCCAGAAAGUAAUCUUGUAGAAGAGAGACGCUCUCUUCCUUCAGAAUCUGUGUGCUCUUCAGUGAUAGAGUCUCACCCUGAGUCCCAAAAUACUAGUGAUAAACCUGCUAGCAACAACUCAACAGAUAUGGAUGCAUCGAAUAUUGUCUCUCUCAAAAUCAUCAUCAGUGACGAUUCAUUUGUUUCCUCAGAUGCUGAACUUAACAGUGCCGUUUCUAGUAUCAGUGGAGAAAACGUGCCAACUAUAAUUUUGUCUUCUGCUAAAUCACCUGCCCAAAAUGCUGGAUUAGUUAAAUGCCUGUCUUCAGAAGAAACUGCAGGUGCUGUCACAUCUGCUGAAGGAAUAGGGGAUUCAGCCUCAAUGGAACAGAGCCUUUUAGUGCUUAAACCUGAAGACUCUGCAGUAAACAACACUCAGAGUGAGGACAGCAUUGCUUUUUCAGCCAGUGUCACACCAUGUGUUACCAAGGAUGGCGGGUAUAUACAGUUGAUGCCAGCUACAAGCACAACUUUUGGCAAUUCAAGUAACAUUCUGAUAGCUACCUGCAUGACUGAUCCAACAGCUUUAGGAACAACUGUAAGUCAGUCUAAUGUUGUGGUGUUGCCUGGAAAUGCUGCACCUAUGACUGCCCAACCUUCACCACCACAGUUACAGACACCACCAAGGUCAAACAGUGUAUUUGCUGUCAACCAAGCUGUGUCACCCAACUUUUCACAAGGAUCUGCCAUCAUAAUUGCUUCUCCCGUGCAGCCUGUACUCCAGGGAAUGGUAGGAAUGAUACCUGUAUCUGUGGUUGGACAGAAUGGAAAUACGUUUCCUGCUCCUCCUCAUCCAGUCCUUCAUAUGCCUUUGGCAGCACCUAUAUGCAAUAGAAGUAUCCCUCAAUUCCCUAUGCCUCCAAAAUCUCAGAAAACUCAGGGACUAAGAAAUAAGCCUUGUACAGGAAAGCAGGUAAAUAAUCUGGUGGAUUCAUCGAGUCAUUUAGUUGGAUGUCAUGCACAAAGAAUUGAAGUUCCUGACAAGAAUAUGGCAGUAGAUCAUGGGAAAAAACUGGAAGAAAUCACAGUUCCCUUCUCAGUAGAGAAUAUAAUUCCAACUAGCAAACCAUUGGAAAGCCACAGACGUGUGCUGUGUUUUGAUAGCACUGCUUCUCCUGGGGCAGAUACACAGGGAACAAACCAUAAGACAGUGUCCCAAAGCAAAGAAAGGAGUGACAUUUCACUUCCUAAUCUUGACUCACCCAUGAUGUCCUCUACCUUAAAACCCUCUUCUAAUAGUGGUCUCAAAAGAGAAAGGGAGAAACCUCCUAUGCCUAAGAUUUCAUCUAAGUCAGAAACUGCCCUUAGCCGACAUACCAUCAUAAAAGAAGCUCAGUCAGAAAAGAGAGUUUCACCAACAGAAAUUGGACUUGAAUCUUUCCAUAAAGCAACAGCUAAUAAGGAGAAUGAACUGUGCAGUGAUGUGGAAAGGCAGAAAAAUGGGCAGCAAAAUGGGGGUUUAAGGAAUGAGAAAACUAUAGCUUCACUGCAAGAACUAACCAAAAAACAAGGCACAUCCUCAAACAGUAAAAAUUUCAUUUCAGUAGCUGCAGCUGUGAAGGAUCUAAAACAGGAACAAACGAAAUCUGCCAGUUCUUUGAUUAACCCACUAAGCAAACAUACCACAGAAAUGUUACAAGAUGUUCAGCGACAUAGCCCAGUAAAUAAGCUCUCGGACAAUACUCAUUUAUCUGUACCCCGGACACCUGGCUCAGGGGCAGGGGAAAAACAUAAAGAAGAACCUACAGAUGGUAUCAAGGUCCCCUCUAGUAGGCGUCUCAUUGAAGACGGCACACCCAAAGUGAUGGUCCCUCCUGUCACCCCAGACUUGCCUGCCUGCAGCCCUGCCAGUGAAGCAGGGAGUGAAAAUAGUGUGAACAUGGCUGCCCACACGUUGAUGAUUCUCUCCAGAGCCGCCAUCUCUAGGACUGCGUCAGCGACGCCUCUGAAGGACAACACACAGCAGUUUAGAGUGUCUUCGAGGAGCACCACAAAAAAGCGGAAAAUUGAAGAAUUAGAUGAGCGUGAGCGGAACUCCCGUACUUCUAAUAAAAAUCUCUCAAAUUCAUCAAUACCAAUGAAAAAGAAGAGAAUUAAGAAAAAGAAGCUGCCCAGUUCAUUUCCAGCUGGAAUGGAUGUGGACAAAUUUUUGUUAUCCUUGCAUUAUGAUGAGUAAACAUUCUGAACACAUAAGAACAGUAGCUGUUUAAAACUCGUAUCCCUUAAACUAUGAGUGUGGGGAAUGAGAUACUGGCAAAAUCUAAAAGCAUGACCUGCACUUUCCUCAUACUGAAAUUUCACUUUAUAUCUAAAUCAUGCUGUUUCUGAAGCAGCUUCCUAGUUUGUAAAUAGAUUUUCCUGUUAUAUUUUUAUUUUGGGAAAAAAAUUUGCAGAAAUGUAAGUAAAGCCAUUCUGCAAAUCUGUAUAGCUUUGACAAUUGCAUAUUGUAAAUAUUGUGUAAAUAUUAUUGAAAUAGAGGUUAAAUCAACCCAAUGCUCUUACACUGUGUUUUUUGACUUAUGAUCCCUUAUUCUGAGGCUUAUUUAUCUGGAAUAGUUUCUCACUGUUGGGGGGAAAAUAAUGUUUUUCCUUAUAAAUUGCCUUCAGUAACUGUCCAACAAGACAUUUAAAGACAUAGCCACUAAAAUGAUAACUACCCCAAAUGGUAGUAAAGCAAUCAGAAAAUAACAAUUUGGGUUUUUUUCUACAGUGAAUACUUUACCACCCCUUCUUAUAAUUGCAGUAAAGAUUAUAUUCCUGAAAUUUAUACUUCUUUUGGUCAUUCUGGUCUCUUUGUUUUAAAGAGAGAAUUUUGUAAACCACUUGAGUGUUCUAAUCUUUUGUUUAUAACUUUCAAGAUGUUUUACAGAACUUUUAAGUGUUUAAACUAUUGAGCCAUAAAAAGCUUGGUUAUGUACUAGUUGAGAUUUCUUGGGAUGUAUAUACUUUUCCCCUAAGUACUGGGGAUUUAAAGAAUUGCACUAAUUCUUAGAACUCCUUACAUAGUAGUGACCAGUGCACACUUAAUUUAAAUCUUGUAUUCUAUUUUAAAGCUUAUGUGAAGGAUCAUCUCCUGGUGUCCUUUUAGAAAGCCAUGUCCAUCAUAUGAUGUAAGAAGAGAAAUCAUAGUUUUAUAUUUUAAUGUAGUUUCUCCUAAAAUGGGCUGUUAAAUAACUAUAUCUGUACUUAGAUAUAGUGCAUUGUCCCUGUGCUCCUUAAAAUGUUUGACGAGUUAACUCUCAAAAAGGAGAAUGAGAGGUGCCUUCUCUGUAUUAGACUUACAUAUGCCAGUCAAGUUGGUGAGUUGAUUUAAACCUUUAAAUGAGAACAGAAAUUAUAAUUAGAACCUGACCAAUUGUGCCUAGAUAUUUAAGUAUGUUCUCUUAAGUGCUUUCUGUUUGUUUAAAUAUCAGUGCAUUAAGCUUUUUUCCUACAGGUGUAUGUACUGUUAAAGCGUCAUUUUCCUCAAUCUUUUUUUUUUGUACUGGGCCUUUAAAAAACUAAAUCUAUCCUACUCAAAACAACAUUUCCCCGUGUGAAAAUCACAUCUUAAUUGCUGAACCUUACUGCAGAAAUCUGUGUUGUAAAAAAUUUUUAUGAUGUGGCAGUAGCCUAUUCCUAAGGAACUAAAUAUCAUACAGUUGUUUGUUUAACUCAGCUUGGUACUGUAAUACAGUUAGGUUUGAAUAAAUAUUUUCAUUAACUUAAA